AUGAGCGUGUUCGGCGGAGACAGCUGGGCUCGGGAGGCUCAAUACCGGAAGAGAAGAGUCGACGAUUUACUUCUCGAAGACUUCGAAGCUUCUGCUUACAAGAAACUAUCCAAUGGAAAAUUCACUUGCCUAGUUUGCCCUCACAACCCUGUAUUCGACACCCCGCUUGUGCUUUCCAUGCAUAGCAAAGGACCACGCCAUAAAGCCGCAGAGUCAAGGAGGAAGGAGAGAGAAUUAUGGAGACAAGAAGAGAUAAGUAAGAGAUUAGCAAUGUCAAACUGUGUUACCUCCACCUCGGGCAGUAAUGUACCUUAUCAACAAUGUACAAAUGGGAGAAAACCCUUGAUUGAGCGCACGCGGAAGGCAGCUUCUGAGAUAUUUUCUAAUGAUAUUAUUGAACAGAGGAAUAAAUGUAGGAAACCGGAAGGUGAAAGUGUGAUUAGUAGUUGUGUAUAUGGUCAAUCUAUUCAGUGGAAGGAAUGUCCUAUUGAAACGGAGGUGCCUCAAAAGGAAGUAGUUGUUGACCAGGUGCAACAAUUGGAUUAUAGAGGGCGUCAAGAGAGGGAACUGAAGUUCACGGCUGCUGGCUGGAAGCGUGACUGCCAUGGCAGGUGGUUUAAGGAUGAAAAUGUUGAGUUUGACUCUGAUGAAGAAGAUCCGAAUGUCAUCUUAAAUGGUAACUGA